CGGCAAUUUUUGGCGGCAAAAUAAUAGCACAUCGCAUUGUUAAACAGAAGGAAGCCGGUCAGAAAGAAGCCUUUAUUUACCAAAGUCUCUUGUUUUAAUUGCGUUUACCGAUCAAAAUGGAAGGCUUCGACGAUGCGGGGGUGUUCUUCUCGGACAAUUUCGGCGGAGAAAAUCAGCAGGAUGCGCAAAUCAACUUGCAGGCGGUGAAGAAGAAGUACAAGGAUUUCAUCCGCACCUUCAACGAGGAGAACUUUUUCUACAAAUAUCGCGACACAUUGAAGAGGAACUACCUUAAUGGCCGCUACUUCCUGGAGAUCGAAAUGGAGGACCUGGUGGGCUUCGACGAGGCACUGGCGGACAAGCUGAACAAGCAGCCCACGGAGCACUUGCAGAUCUUCGAGGAGGCCGCCCGGGAGGUGGCCGACGAGAUCACAGCUCCGCGGCCCGAGCACGAGGAGCAGAUGCAGGACAUUCAGAUCCUGUUGAGCUCCAAUGCGAAUCCCACCAAUAUCCGCCAGCUGAAGUCCGACUGCGUGUCCAAGUUGGUCAAGAUCGCCGGAAUCAUUGUGGCCGCCUCCGGGAUCAGUGCCAAGGCCACGCGGAUGUCCAUCAUGUGCCUGUCCUGCAGCACGAUCAUUCCGAAUCUCAAAGUUAACCCGGGACUGGAGGGCUAUGCCCUGCCCAGAAGUUGCAACACGCAGCAGGCGGGCAGACCCAAGUGCCCGCUGGAUCCCUUCUUCAUUAUGCCGGACAAGUGCAAGUGCGUCGACUUCCAGACCCUCAAGCUGCAGGAACUGCCCGACUUUGUGCCCCAGGGCGAGAUUCCCCGCCACUUGCAGCUCUUCUGCGAUCGGUCGCUCUGCGAACGCGUCGUGCCCGGCAAUCGGGUGCUCAUCCAGGGCAUCUACUCCAUUCGCAAGGUGGGCAAGCCCUCGCGCCAGGCUGGUCGCGAGAAGGCCGUCGUUGGAGUCCGCGCCCCCUACAUGCGAGUGGUGGGCAUCACAGUCGACUCGGAGGGUGCGGGUGCCAUCUCCCGCUACAGCAACAUCACCAGCGACGAGGAGGAUCAAUUUCGACGCAUGGCCGCCUCCGGGGACAUUUACGAGCGUCUCUCCCAAUCGCUGGCACCCAGCAUCUUCGGUUCGCGGGACAUCAAGAAGGCCAUCACCUGCAUGCUCUUUGGCGGAUCGCGCAAGCGUUUACCGGACGGUCUGUGCCGUCGUGGCGAUAUCAACGUCCUGCUGCUGGGAGAUCCAGGUACUGCCAAGUCGCAGCUCUUGAAGUUCGUGGAGAAGGUGGCGCCCAUAGCCGUGUACACUUCGGGCAAGGGCUCCAGUGCGGCUGGUCUCACCGCUUCGGUUAUGAAGGAUCCCCAGACGCGCAACUUUGUCAUGGAGGGCGGGGCCAUGGUCCUGGCCGAUGGCGGCGUGGUCUGUAUUGAUGAGUUCGACAAGAUGCGAGAGGACGAUCGUGUGGCUAUUCACGAGGCCAUGGAGCAGCAGACCAUAUCCAUUGCCAAGGCCGGCAUCACGACCACUUUGAACUCGCGCUGUUCGGUACUGGCGGCCGCCAACUCAAUUUUCGGUCGUUGGGAUGACACCAAAGGCGAGGAAAACAUCGACUUUAUGCCCACAAUCCUGUCCCGUUUUGACAUGAUUUUCAUAGUCAAGGAUGUCCACGAUGAGACGCGGGAUAUCACGCUGGCCAAGCAUAUUAUCAACGUUCAUCUCAGCUCAAACAAAUCGGGUCCUUCGGAGCCCGCCGAGGGUGAGAUAUCGCUGUCGACGUUCAAGAAGUACAUCCACUAUUGCCGCACCCACUGCGGUCCGCGGCUGAGCGAGGCGGCCGGCGAGAAGCUGAAGAGCCGCUACGUCCUCAUGCGCAGUGGAGCCGGCCAGCAGGAGAAGGCCUCCGACAAACGCAUGAGCAUUCCCAUCACAGUGCGCCAGCUGGAGGCUGUCAUUCGCAUUUCGGAGUCCCUGGCCAAGAUUCGCCUACUGCCAUUCGCCAGCGAUGAGCAUGUGAACGAGGCUCUGCGCCUUUUCCAAGUGUCGACUCUUGAUGCUGCGAUGACCGGCAGCUUGGCCGGCGCCGAGGGAUUCACUACUGAGGAGGACCAGGAGACAUUGAAUAACAUCGAAAAGCAAUUAAAGCGCCGCUUCGCUAUUGGAUCUCAAGUUUCGGAGCAGAACAUUCUGCAGGACUUUUUGCGUCAAAAGUAUGAGGAACGCACGGUAAUGAAGGUUAUUCACACCAUGAUUCGCCGCGGAGAACUUCAGCACAGGAUGCAACGCAAGAUGCUUUAUCGCAUAUGCUAACCACUGUUAUUCACAUAAUUAUUUACCAAUCGUUGAAUGUUUCAUCAAUCGUUCGUCAUUUUAAUUGUAUCUUCAUUUAUAUUGUUAAGAAACCCAUACAUUCUUUCAACAUAUGAGACAAAAAAUAAACAAAACUUAAAUCUA